AAGGAUAAUUAAAACUUUGAAGCGAUUCGCUUGAACGGCGAUAUAUUCCCUCCUCCGUCGUCGUCCGUUCACGAAACCUAAUCUCUCAAUUAUUUUUCGGACCCUAAAAUUCAAAAAAUGACCCAAAACCCGGAUCCAGCAAACCCUGAUCCGUCGCAAGUGAAGCCGGAGAGCUUGAGCAUCGUCGAUGAUACUAGUAGGGUGGAGAAAGCUUGGGAACACUGGAAGAAACUAGGUAGACCAAAGUACAUCGUGGCUCCGAUGGUGGAUAACUCUGAGCUUCCCUUUCGAUUGCUCUGCCAGAAAUACGGAGCUCAAGCUGCCUACACGCCCAUGCUACACUCCAGGAUCUUCACCGAGACCGACAAGUAUCGUAACCAAGAGUUCACCACUUGUAAGGAGGACAGGCCGUUGUUUGUGCAGUUCUGUGCUAAUGAUCCUGAUACGCUCUUGGAAGCUGCCAAGAGAGUCGAACCUUACUGCGAUUAUGUUGAUAUCAACUUAGGGUGUCCUCAGCGUAUUGCGAAGCGAGGGAACUAUGGUGCAUUCCUGAUGGAUAACCUUCCUUUGGUGAAGUCACUCGUUGAGAAGUUAGCUCAGAACCUCACUGUUCCCGUCUCCUGCAAGAUCCGGAUUUUCCCAGACCUUCAGGAUACGCUCAACUACGCAAAGAUGCUAGAAGAAGCCGGCUGCUCGCUGCUAGCGGUUCACGGCCGGACGAGGGAUGAGAAAGACGGGAAAAGGUUUAGAGCUGAUUGGGAGGCCAUCAAGGAGGUGAGGAAGGCUAUGAGGAUCCCUGUUUUAGCCAACGGGAACGUGAGAUGCGUUGAAGAUGUGGAUGAGUGCAUCAGAGAGACGGGCGUUGAAGGUGUUCUUUCCGCUGAGACACUUCUCGAGAACCCUGCGGCGUUUGCUGGGUUUAGAACAGCUGAAUGGGCUAAAGAAGAGGGAUACGUCGAUGGAGGAUUAGACCAGGGAGAUUUAGUUGUUGAGUAUUUGAAGUUGUGUGAGAAGCAUCCGGUUCCAUGGAGGAUGAUUCGAUCACACGUGCAUAAGAUGCUGGGUGAUUGGUUUAGGGUUCAUCCACAGGUUAGGGAGGAGUUUAAUGCUCAGAACAUAUUAACGUUUGAGUUUCUAUACGGGCUUGUGGAUCAGCUGAAAGAGCUUGGAGGACGAGUUCCACUCUACAAGAAAAGGAAAAGGAAGAUAGAUACUCUAUUAGAGUCUCCACAAAAGGUUUAGUGAGUUGAGUCUAUAUACGUUCUUGAUUUAUUGAGAUCUUUUACGUUGUAUUAGUGUCCAAAUAUUUUUGGAGUAUAAAACUGUCACUUUUGAUUGAAGAUUUUCUGAAAUGUUUCAGUUAAAUUAUAGAGACUAUGUUUUAUUUUUUGAAUUAAAUAAUUUGAAUUUGAAUUUUUUUAUAUAA